AUGGGAAGCAUAGCCCAGACUGAGCUAGGCUUUGUCAACACCCCUCCCCACCCCCGCUUGUUUGUCUUCUGGGUGGAGCUGGUUUGGGGACAAUGCCACAAGCCAGCGUGUUCCCGGGGCGGAGGUGCGCGCAGCCACCCCAAGCUGCUGCCGGGUGCUCGCUGGGGCUGCCAGGGCGAGGGGGCCUCUGGGCUGUGGAGCAAAAGUCAAACCUACCGCCUGCUGCGGGGUAGGGGCCGCAGCGGGGACCGCCAGCCUUGGGGUCCCUCUCGCGCUGACUCGCGUAAAGUUGUGGCCGAAUUCGCGUCUCGCGUGGUGCUUCUCGCCAGCCAGCGCAGGGCCCAGGUAUUUGGGGCGAAGGGGCUGGAGCUCCCCUCAAGCCAGGAGCCAGGCGUCGCGCUUCCUCCGGGCUCAAUCAGACCUUCCAACACACACCUCAUUCGGGGGAGGAGAAAAGCGCAGGACCGCAGAGAGCCCAGCUCCGAGGCCAGGCCUGAAGGGAUAACCCACACAGAGAACGUUUUCCUAUCAGAGAAAAAUGGAGCACAAAAUAAUUCAGAAAGCGAAUGGGCAGGACCACAGUCUGAGAGUCCCGCGCCGCGGGGCCGCUGCAGAGCCGGUCGCCCGAGCACCGCGGCAGGACCAUUUCGUUGGAGUGUAGGGCAAGGCCGCAGCCCGCCCCGGAUCCAGGCCGCGCGGUGCGCGCCGGCCACUCAACGGGCCGCCCCUAAAUUACAGCCCGCCUGGAGGACUCGGAAAUACAAAAAGGGAGCCGAAAGAUUUAAACAGUCGGAGGCAGAGGCGUCCCGAGGCGGCCAAAGCGGAAAUCAAUCACGCCAGAUCCUGAAGCCGCCGCUGGCCCCUUCUCCGACUUUUGCAUUUUUGUGGUGUUGAGACGCGCAGUUGC